GAGGGAAAUCAGGGGUAACCUAGGUAUAAUUGAAGCUUUGCUUAACAUAGUGUUAGCGAUAAUAGCCGAAAAGGAAGAAAAUCGCAUACAAAUAGACGUUCAAUGGCGAAGAACUCCGUCUGCCCGGCGCCGGUUGAGUAUGUCUGACGUCAUGCUUGACACCACGGCGAUGAUUCGUAAUAAUCGACUUUCUCCUGGUUGACCUUGGAUCUUUUCUACUUUAAAUUGGACUCUUCGCAGAAACAUACUUGUUGCUAUCUCAGUACAUACAAAGCCACCCGAAAAAAUACUAUUGUUGAUCUGAAACGUUUUAAUACCCUUCCAACAACCGCGAUGUCUUUCCUCGCCUCUACUCGCGCAACUCUCGGUCCCCGUCUCACUUUUCGACCUGUUCCUGCGUCCCUCUCUGCCCUGCAUACCUCUCCGGCGCGGUUCUCCUUGAAGGAGUCGGAUACCAACCGCGAUGAUAUGAGCAGCGUCUACGAAGCUGAAAAGGAGCAUCAGAGCAAAGAUCGGAAGGAGGGAAAGGCACACUGGAAGCAGGAAUUGGCCAGUAAUAGUGAAGCUUCGGUCAAAGCGGACCGUGAAGAAACCCAGACCGAUGCCGAGAACAUGGAGAAGCUACAGCAGCGUACAAAGGAUUCCCCCAGAAGUGCCCAUGGCCCUUGAGUUUGAAUAAUUAGGGGUGGUGGUUAUUUUAUUAUUGUAUUAUAGUUCUGUUCUUACUGGGUCGGUCAGACUGGCAUUUUUCUUAGGAGUCUGAGGUUUAAUAUCUACGGUUUUCUGCA